UAUCCAAAUAUUGGGACCACAGAGCUUUCUUCUCUUUUUCAAACGCAUAUUUCUCCAAUCUGCGAAUCCAAUUUGAUUUGACUGCUGUUUUUCCUCAUCUUCUUCUUCUUGAAUUUAUGCUGUUUUCUAAUAAUUUCAGCAGACAAAAAAGAAGUUGCUUAGGUUUCCCAAUUUUGGUGAAAUUGUGUGCAGAAGAUCUUUUUCUCUGAGUGUUUGUUGUGCCUUUUUGGGGAAAGGGGGAAAAAGAGGAAAGAAUCAUUUUUUGGGGGAGAAUUUUGCUUUUUGAGAAGUGGCUUUUAUUUUGUUUGUGGGAUUUUGUGGCAAUUUAGGGAGUGUGGAGGUAGAUAUUUAUCCAGCUUAUUUUGAUCCUUCCUUGAAAUUUGGUUUAUUUUGUUGAAGAAAAAGAUUUGAUCUUGGUAUCUUGGAGAUGGGAUUUGAAGUGAUCUUGUGUUGGAUUUCAGGAUGUUCCAUGCCAUUUGAUAUUUUGCUUAGAAUCUAGUGGGAGAAAGGAUAUUUAGAGAUAGAGAGAGGAUGAAGAGAGGGAAAGAUGAAGGGAAGAUCACAGGGCCUAUGUUUCCAAGGCUUCAUGUGAAUGAUACUGAGAAAGGAGGGCCAAGAGCUCCUCCUAGGAAUAAGAUGGCUCUUUAUGAACAGCUCAGCAUUCCUUCUCAGAGAUCCAGCCAUUCUCUUCCUUCGAAUUCGGAGCACGGGGUUGCAAACGAAAGGAGUACGUUUGUCUCGUAUCAUCUGCCUACUCGACAUCCACCAUCGGAGAAGCUAUACAGCCAAUUUUCUGACUUCGUUACUCCAUCAGCACAAGAGGGCCAGAGAAAGAAAUUGGACGAAGAAGACUUCAGAGUUCCCAUUUUCAACCACUCCUUCCAAAGUCGAGAAUGUGGUAAGUAUGGUGGUAACGUGGAACAGGAGAAGGCCCCUCUUUCCAACCCUUCUGAUGCUGCUGAGCGCCCUUCGAAAUUCCAUAAAUACAGAAAGCAAGUACGUAACAGCCAGACGGAAGAGAAGUCGAAAGAGACUGCCACUGGCACUGAUCGAGUAUCGAAUUCGUCUAGCAUCUCGAGGGCCGAAGGUCCAAAGAAGCCAACUGCUUCGUCUGUGAGCCGUGAACAAAGAGAUACUCGUUCCAAUGCUAACGUGGAGCCAGAGGUCCGUGCUGAUUUGGAGCAUGCUCGAAACCGAUGCGCUAACUCUGCGUUGGCUGAGAGUUCUGCAGCAUUAGAUGAAAGAAUUUCUGCUGGAUCUUAUCCUUCAAGGGAUCAGAGAAAUCCUCGUGAUAUAGGAAACGAGGCAAGACCUCUAGAAAAAUCGUUUAGAUCAGUGCCGAUGAGGAACUUGGAGAGGGAUGACAGUGCGUCCGAGAUUUCUGUGAUGGAGUCCGUUGCCACAGUGGAGAUGACACCUGAUGACGUGGUCGGAGUGAUAGGUCAGAAACAUUUUUGGAAAGCCCGGAAAGCCAUCCUUAAUCAACAAAGAGUUUUUGCUGUUCAAGUAUUCGAGCUGCAUCGACUGGUAAAGGUUCAGAAAUCCAUUGCUGAAUCGCCACAGCUUUUGGUUGACGACUCAGAUUUCAUCGACAAACCUACGUUGAAGGUCUUGCCCGGGGCGAAAAUCGCGUUGCCUGCUCCUGUGAAAGCAAUGCCUAAUGUUUCCAAGCAAAUAAGCGAACCCGAGAAGCCGUGCCCGAACAAGGAAAUCUCGGCCGAAAACACAACCGGAAAAGCCUCGUUAUCAUCCAUUCAGAACGACGCCUCCCGGCCGAGCGGCCAGCCGGCGACGGGAAACUCCCCGGCCCCGUCUCUCACCAGCAAUCCGAAUGCGGCGCCAUGGUGCUUCAAUCAACCUCCGGGGCACCAAUGGCUGAUCCCUGUGAUGACUCCUUCAGAAGGAUUGGUAUACAAGCCGUAUCCCGGGCCGGGCUUUGUCGGUGGAGGCGGGCCGCCUGGUCCAAACCCGGCAAUGGGCAGCUUCUUGACUCCACAGUACGGGAUUCCAGCUCAGCAUCCACAUCCUCACUAUCAGCCGCCGCUGUUCCCUCCAUCCGGACCAUCCGGCCCGCACGGCUACUUCCCGACGUACGGCAUGCUGCCGAUCAUGAACGCUGCCGCAAUGUCGAAUUCGUCCGUCGAGCAAAUGAACCCUCGGCCUAUCCCGAGUCAAGCUUCGGCCGGCGAAGCCAGCGCCAGCGUCCAACACCACAACGUGUCUUCGACGCUGCCACGCCACAAGAAACGGACGUUCGCGGAUGGGACGAGCAGCUUGUGCGCGCCUAGGGAUGCCGCAGACCCUCCCGUGCGAGCUUUUACGGAUAGGGCGAGUAGCCCGGUCGAGAGAGUGCAGGAUAGUAGAGGAAGCAAUGACGCGGAGCGGUCGAACGAGCUGCCACUUUUCCCCACAGCUCCAUCUCCGGACGCCCGUCGAUGCAGCCCGGCUCGGCCAGAGCCCGGCCGCCCGACGCAGGUGAUCAAGGUUGUGCCGCAUAAUGCAAGAUCAGCAUCUGAAUCUGCUGCUAGAAUUUUUCAAUCCAUACAGGAAGAAAGAAAACAGUAUGAUUUUGUGUGAGUUUUUCUGUUUUAUUUAUUCCAGUGCACUUUUUUGUUUGUAGGAAUAAUCUCUCUUCACAUUGUUCUGUUUGUAACUUCUGUAGAUAUAUUUUCAUCAAUUAUAUAUAUGCCUCUUUUCCUUUUA